AUGAGGGACAAUGAGGAAAUGAAGAGGCACGUCAACCAUGACACGUAUGAGGCUGCCUUCAAGAUACUGUUUGACAGGAAACUUUUUUCAUGGCUGGCAGUGAAGGAGGCUUAUUUACACCAGCACCAGUGCAAACGCGUGAGUAAUCUGUUGUGCCACGAUAGUACGACAGCUAUGACGUCACUAGGUGACAGGAAUUGUUCAGCCGCUCUGUAUCAAAAUUGUUCCUCUUCAUAUGAAUGCAAAAGAUCAACACCAAAUAAGAUCAUAAAGGCUAAGUUUCCAAGCCUAAAUCUUUUCAGGUCGGGCCAUAAGAAACCGAGUGAACCUGCCUUCUCUCAAAAUAACCAUGAUGGACCAUCUGCAGUAGUUGCAAUGGACUUAUUACACAAGGUCAUCCAAAGACAAGAUGGAGAACCUCCUGAUGAUUCUUCUGAAGCGUUAUGGUCCUGGCAAAAUAAUUUUAUGAAGAGACUGGACCUCCUGGGACACAAUUUGGAUGCCCUGACCCACAAUUAUGGAAGCAUAGUGCCUGUGGACUGGAAGUCGUCCCAUACGAGGACCUUGCAUUUGCUUACUCUGAACCUGUCAGAAAAAGGUGACGGCUUGCUCUUUGAUACUUCAGAUGAUGAAGAGCUGGAAGAACAGCUGGAUAGGUAUUCCAUCACAGUCUCCUGUGUUAACGACGAUCCCCUCUUCACUGCAGAUCAGGUUAUUGAUGAAAUUAUGCAGGAAUCACUGGACCCAGUAGAUGAGGAAAUCUCCACACAGUCAGACUGGCUUUCAAUGCUUUCGCAGGAAAUUCAAACUCUUAAGAGGUCCAACAACAGUUAUAACGAGAGAGUAAAAAGGCUGUCAGGGUCUGAACUAAAUGAACAACUGGAAGAAAUCGAGACCACCAUUAAGGAGUACUUAAAGGAGCUGGUGCAGCAAUGGGCACUACAGAAUGAACUGGAGUUUGAGAAGCAAGUGAAAAACAGCUUUAUUUCUGUUCUUAGUGAAGUGCAAAAUAAACAGAAAGAGCACAAAGAAACAGCCAAAACGAAAAAGAAACUCGAAAAUGGCGGCUCUCAGAAUGGGAAGAACAAGAGAAGUCACAUGCCUGGCACAUAUUUGACCACAGUCAUUUUUUAUGAGAAGAAAAAUGGACCACCAUCUGUUGAAGAUCUCCAGAUACUAACAAACAUUCUUCAUGCCAUGAAGGAGGAGAGUGAGAAGGUCUCCAGUUUAUUCGUUGAUUAUAUCCUGAAAGUUCUGUGUCCUACAUGGAGCAGCACUAUUCUGGGAGCAUCCUCAUCUCCUGUGGACUUCAUGCCUGGUUUCCUGUAG